AUGCCGCCCGAAAACGUCCCAUACGGAAAUAAGGGCCUUGCUAACUCCAUGGAACUGCCAUUGCACAGGCUCGAACAGGAAAUUGCCAAAGACCUCAGAUCGGACAAACUGAACAAGAGACCGUCAGAUACAGCCUCCAUCUACUCCUUUGACUCCGUGUCAACGUCAGGCCGCUUGCUUGAUCGUCUAGAUUUGGACAGCGAAGACUACGAUGAAGAUUUCCUUCGAAGACGAGAAUCCUAUGCCCUGAUCCAGUCUACUGGACGCCUAUUGGACCGUUUGGGUCUUGAUGAUGAUGGAGAGGAGGCCCUGCUGCCGCUGCUGCUUCAUCUGGGAGGUUUGCCCAAUGUGGGCGGUGUCGAUCCCCGCUUUAAACCGGUCCGAGCCUCGUCGGCGAUCAGCUUGAACAGAAUGAAAAGCGCAGCUCACAGACCACCCAUGAGGACAUUGAGCUCUCAAAGCACGUCUUCCAGCAGCCGUGUCCCCGUGCAAAAUGUCGGUUCUGCGCCGUUUAGGCAGCCUUUCGAGAGGCCUGGUGCUUCUGUGGACUCGUUCCAUGCCGAUGUGAAUUCUCCCAAUAGUCUGUUCACUCGGCUCAAUAUGGCCCAAAGGUCACAAUCGCUGGCUUCGCCUGACCCUGGAAGUUCCUUAAAAAUGCCCGGAAGCUUCGAAUCUGAGUCUGAAAGGAAGUCGUUGGAUACCGACGGCUCUCUGGAUACAACUUCACCCUCCCAGCUGCCCAAAAUACCCGUACACGCUCCAUUGAAGCCAGACUACGGUAAAAGGCUGGCCUCAGGCUCGUCUCAAACGUCUACAUCCUCCUUGGAGGUCCCAAUUUUUAACCCCAACGCAAAAUUCAACCCCGCAUACGAAUCCAUGGUCAAACAGGCGCUUCUGCUAAGAAACCACAACGACAGAGAGGCGCUGUACCAGCUACAAAUCAUCGGCAAUGCGCCCAACAACUACCCAAAAGCAAUGUAUCUAUACGCCAUGGCCCUCCGGUUUGGCCUCGGUGUCAAAAAAAAUGAAACCUCAUAUAUCAAGUGGCUAUGUCGGUGCAUUCUUGUAUCGCAAAUUGUCGAAACCAACCCUGUGGACCCACCUUCGCUUAACAACUACGUCAAAAGGCUCCAUGAGCUCCAACCACAGGACUUGGUCAGAAUGGUAUGCAAACAGACAUCGGCUGCUGUGGACCCAUUCGACUUGUACGACGAAUUUCUGCGAAUGAGCUCCUCCGUCAUUUCCAAAAUCAUCACCCUCAACAAUAAAGAUAACAAUACGCUCGCUGCUGCCUACCAUUUACUAGGUGAGGCUGUUCUUGUCGGUUCAGGCUUGCCAGCCAAAGAUACAACAUCGGCCAUUCAACUUCUCAGCAAGGCUGCAUCCUUGGGCUUUUCACACUCAAUGGUGAAACUAGGCGAAAUAUUUCCACAAGUCGGCCGCUUGGCUACGUCUCGCUGA